AUGGGGAUUCCGUCCGAGCAGUCGCAAGGCGCCGCGGCAGUGACUCUCACGGCUGGGAGUGACGUAGCGUCGAGAACAGCGAUAGCCGUGGCCAAUUGGUGCAAGGCACGUGGCGGACUCGCAGUGGACGUCGUGCAAGCCGCUGCCGAUCAGGCCGCUCCCUCCCUCAUCAGCGCGGCCAGCAGCCAGCCUGUAGCGGGCGCUACAGCAGUGUGGGCGGCUCUUGCGCUGGCGACAGGAGGCGACGCCGCCAAUGCGCUGCUGGGGAGGGAUGGCGCCGCGCGCGCUGAGGUGACUCAGUGGCUUCGCCAUCCCUGGGUCGUCGGCUCCCUGGCCUCCCUUGCCACGUCAGCAUGCCCGUCAGCGUCCACGUCAGCUGCAGUGUUGGACCCUCUCCCUCGCCUGCGCGCCCUCAACGCCUACCUGACUCCUCGCUCCGUGCUCGUGGGGCCAGGUGUCGCGAUCACAUUGGCUGACAUUGCAGUCUUCGGUGCCGUUCAUGAUGACGUGCUGCUGGUGACGCCGUGUGACAGGGACGAGCUGCCUUGCCUCAUGCGCUGGAUCGAUCUCGUGCAGCACAAGGGACAUGUGCGGGACACCUUCUCGCACAUUACCGUCAACACUGCCAAGUUCGACCCGCCUGUGAGUGCAUGGGGGUAUACGCAGACAGACAUGUUCAUGCACGCAAGCACACAUACGAUGCACAUGCAACAACCAAAAGGCAUGUAG